AUGGCAGAACCGACAGAGUGCCGCAUCCAAGACAAACAUACGAUAUUGAAAUUAAACCUAGGACAGCUAAAGGUAAAUUGGACAGUCAUUGACGACGGCAAAUCAACUUUGAAUAAGCAGUCGUCUAUCGGGAAGGGUCUCCAAAAUCAGAACAUCGGCACAGUGAUAGACUUAGAAAAAGCGACACACGCUACGUCGACUGGAGCAGUCUCCGGAAAUUCUGAAAUCGCUACCGUGAUAGAUACAGGAAAAACGGUACCCAAAACGUCGACUGGAACGGUUUUCAGAACUCUUGACAUCGCUCCUGUGACGAAGUUGUCUAUAGAAAAUGUUUCUAAAGUUCCUGACGAUACAGCUCAAGAAAGUACAGAAGAAACUGCUCCCGCAUCGGAGUACUCUAAGGCAAAUGUUUCCGCACUUCUCAACAGCGUUGCUGUGAAAGAUACCAACGAAAUGGAUGACGCAGCGGAGCUCUCUGAUUCUAACGAAAAUAAUCCAAGAAAAAGGAAAGCGUACGCUUUGAUGGAACUUGAGGCUAUGACAAAGUCGCGAAAACAGACCUUUACUUCUUCGCCUCACACGCCGAAUACGACUGACGAAAACAUGAAUCAGAAAAUUACCGAAGGUACCUUUCGACGAAAUAACAGUCAUACGCCCAGUUGA